GCGGGUACCGGUGGAGAUAUCAAUGCAUUGUUAGAUCAACCAAAUCAUAUUUUAUUUGUUAGCAAUUUACCAGAAGAAACUACUGAUGCUAUGCUUACAAUGUUAUUUAGUCAAUUCUCGGGAUUUAAAGAGGCUAGACGCGCUGCUGGUGGAGUUGGCUUUGUCGAAUAUGAUACUGAAUCACAAGCUGCUGCUGCGCGGUCUGCUUAUGAAGGAUUUAAACUGACACCGACUCAUGCUAUGCAAAUUACAUUUGCUAAGAAAUAA